UGUGAGCUCCAUCUGGCAAGUGGAGAAAAGAACAAUGGAGAUUGAGAUAAUAUCAAGAGAGAACAUCAAACCCUCUUCUCCAACACCUACUCACCUUAGAACCCAUGUUAUCAGUCUCCUUGAUCAAUUUUCACCUCCCAUUUAUAAUUCAAACCUCUUCUUUUAUUCUGCGAAUGAAGCCGCCUCCAUAUCCAUCUCCCAGAGAUCACAAGUUUUGAAACAAUCGCUAUCACGAACACUAACUCUCUAUUAUCCCUUCGCUGGAAGGAACAUCGACAACUUUUCCAUCGAUUGUAAUGAUGAGGGGAUUUCCUAUACAGUGGCUAAAGUCAGUUGCAAAUUAUAUGAUUAUCUCAAGCAACCUGAUUUCUCAAAGUUUCCAAAAUUUGUGCCAGAAGAAAUCGUUAUCUGUGAGAUGACUCCAGGUUGUCAUCUUGUUAAGAUACAAGAAACUAUGUUUGCUUGUGGUGGUUUUGCAAUAGGCAUUGGUACUACACACAACAUAAUCGAUGUAACUUCUUUAACGGCAUUCCUCAACGCUUGGGGUAGCAUGGCUCGAGAAGGAGCAGCUCUAUCUCCCGAUUUCAGCUCCUCAUAUAUCUUUCCUCAAAACAAUGCAUUCUCGCAAGAUCUAACUGGCUCGGCUUUAAGGAAUCGAUUCUAUCAAGAAAAGGGCAUCUUUGUCGGAAGGAGGUUCGUGUUUGAAGGACCAGUGAUAAGUAAUCUUAAGGCCAAAGCAACGAGAUUAGGAGUGCAUAAGCCAACACGAGUAGAGGUAGUGGUUGCACUGCUCUUUAAAUGCAUCAUGUCUGCAUCCAAGGCAAAAUCUGCUACCAAGAAGAAAUCAGCUUUGUUAUUAACUUCGGUGAACUUGCGACGAAGGGCUGAGCCAAAAUUCCCAGAAACAACCGUGGGAAAUAUACUUUUGCUUGCGGCGAUAGUAGCAAAUAGUGAAGAAACAGAUGCGCGUAGUUUCGUGUUCCGGAUGAGAGAAACAUUAUCCCCAAUGAAUGGUGAUUUUGUCAAGAGCCUUCAAGGGGAGCAUGGAUUGGAGUCUCUUUGUGAAAAAUUGAGGAGGCAUGGGGAAUCACAUUCAAAGGGGAUCUCCAAUGGAGAUGAAAUAAUCACGUUUAAUAGCUGGUGUAACUCAGGCACUUAUAGUAUUGACUUUGGUUGGGGGAAGCCAUUAUGGUACCCAGCUUUUGUUUCUGCUUUAGGGAUUCCUGGAUCCGUGAUUCAGCUCGUGGAUACACGAUGCGGUGAUGGAAUAGAAGCAUGGGUGUCACUGGAUGAAGAAAUCAUGGGUAUUGUAGAGCAUGACAAGGAACUCCUUUCGGUAGCCUCAGUGGAUCCUAGUCCUCUUGAAAUUGAUUCGCUCAAGUCAAAGCUUUGAUCAAUGUAUGCAUGUAACUCUUGUCGUUGUUGUGGUUUCUAGUUUUCAAUCUCUUUUCAAUAUUUUUGUUUUUGCUUAAUUUAGAUCGAAUUUAAACACAUCAACAAAGGAAUGUCCUUCCUGUUGAUCUUAAGUAUAACAUUAUGUUAGAUGUGAGAUCUCGAAUUGAACUAGAAUAAAUUAUGUGGUGUUCUUCUUUUUUA